AUGCCAUCAGUUGCACCGCCAGUUUUUCUUCUCCUCUGCAAAGGUCCCAGUUACAUUCGACCGAACCAAAGUUAUCUUCAUUGCGAUCAACAACAACAGAAACAAGUCGAUCGAAAAUUUAACAAAACUCUUGACGUAAUCGUUCCCUAUCUCGUGCGUGUCUAUCAUAUGUCGCCAACAUCAACAAUCAUCAGUCGAUUCUCCCAUCAAUUGGCUACUUAUCUAUGUGAACAGUACAUGGCUCCAAUCUCUUAUCUUCAUGCUUAUCUUGCUCGACAAGAAAGGAAAGCAAUCAAAUGCUUCGUCAGUCAAUUUGAUAAAAUGAUGCCGAAACGAGAGAACAAUCAACUAGUUUAUCUGUAUUUUGUUCCAAAACCACAUAAGGAAGGAACACCACUAAGACCGAUUGUAUCCUCAAUGCAUAUGCCAACAACCUAUUUGUGCACAUUUGACAUCACAAAUUUAUAUACAAUGUUACCACAGGAAGAAUCUCUCGAUAUUCUAACUGAAUUUCUUCUAGAACAUGGAUAUACCAAAGCAAAUGCAGUGCCCAUUGAUGCCAUUCGGAAAUUAGCUCGUCUCGUUCUCACAGAAAACGUAUUCACUUAUGAGAAAAGAUUCUAUCGACAAGUGAUCGACGGUGCUAUGGGCUCCGCAUUUACUUUGACUUUAGCCAAUGUUUUCUUAUGGAAAUGGGAAAAACGAUUAGUUCAACAGCUGUUAGAUACAAACGAAAUCUAUGGAAGAUAUGUCGAUGAUAUCUUCUUUACUUCGAAUCAACCACUGAACAAAAUCAAUGAAAUGUUAGAUCACGCCAAAGAUUUCCAUCCAAAUAUCAAAUUAGUUCGGCAAAUUGGUAAGAAUGUAUCAUUCUUAGAUGUGCUCAUUGAAAAUUAUCAUGGUACAUCGAAAACAUCUGUGUAUCACAAAGAAGCAGCCGAACCAUACACAGUGCCUUUUAAUUCUGAUCAUCCUCAUCAUACCGUCAGAAAUGCCAUUGACACAGCACUUUUGCGUACUGUACGCUAUUCAUCUACACUGUCAACUUUUCAAAAAGAACAACGUACAAUCAAACUAAGGCUUCUUUACAACAACUAUGCACCACGGUUUAUCUACAGCAGAUUCCACAAUUUCAUCACCACUUAUGCCAAAAACUUCAAACGUCCAACCAUUCAUACAUGA